AUGAAAACAAGUGCUAAUGGAAUUAAUCUGAUUUGUGGUUUUGAGGGGCUAGAGCUCAAAGCAUACGAUGAUGGUGUGGGGGUAUGGACCAUCGGUUAUGGUACUACUAUCGUAAAUGGUAUUAAGGUUAAGAAAGGCGAUAUUUGUACGGUCGAACAAGCUAAAAGUUAUAUGGCUCAAGAUUUAAAGAAAUUUGAAUCUGCGGUUAAUACGGCUGUAAAGAUCCCAUUAAAUCAAAACCAGUUUGAUGCGAUGGCGCGGCAGAGCAAUUCCUACGCUGGAACCGUGGAGGUGGUCGAGUUCUGA